AUGUCGGCAUCGCUUGCACCGGAGUGCAAUGAGGUGAAGGAGCGCUACGACACAUGCUUUUUAAAAUGGUAUAGCGAAAAAUAUCUUCGUGGGGCCGAAAAGGACAACAAAGAGUGUGCUGGCUUGUUCAACGAGUAUCAGAAGUGCCUAAGCGUUGCACUAAAGAACAGAGGCAUAGAUAAGCUUCUCGAUGAAGCCCGGGAGGACAACAAGGAAAACGAUGUAAGGUUAACGGCCCCGAAGAGUAAGUCCACGAAUCAAGUCUAA